UCUUAGUUGUCCGUCAGAGUUUGAGAGUACUCUCUAAGAUCCUCAUCCCAAUCCUGAACUCGGUGCCUCUGCCCUCUCUACUCUACUCUGCCUCCCGUGUGUUCACUUGGUGGUAGCCACAAGCUGAGAGACUCUACACUACACACUACACACCAUGCGGAUUCUCCACUUGCAGGUCUUAUGUCUAGUGUCUGCCUGGGUGCUCUGCAAAGGGGAGAAAAAGAGAGAAUGCGACAACUUCACAGACCUGGAUCUGCGUCAAUCCUUCCUCGGGACGAACCUGUAUGUGCGCUUGCUACUCUACACGCGCGCCAACAUGAACUGCGGCCAGGAGAUUCCCCAUCACAACAUCACUGCCAACCCGCUCUUCGACCUCUCCAGGCCCACAGCCUUCGUGAUCCAUGGCUACCGUCCUACGGGUGCACCGCCCAUCUGGAUUGACCACAUUGUGCAGUUGCUGGCCGCACAGCAGGAUAUGAACGUCCUGGUGGUGGACUGGAACCGCGGCGCUGCCAACCUCAACUACUUCACCGCAGUCACCAACACCAGGAAGACUGCCGCCAACAUCACAGGGUUCAUUCAGAAGAUGCAAGAGAAGGGCACGUCUCUGAACUCGAUCCACCUGAUCGGGGUCAGCCUUGGGGCACAUGUGGCAGGCUUCAUUGGAGCCAUGCUGCGCGGCAAGGUCGGCAGAAUCACAGGUCUGGACCCUGCAGGCCCCAUGUUCACCGGAGUGCCUCCUGAGGAGCGGCUGGACCCGAGUGACGCCCAGUUUGUGGACGUGCUGCACACAGAUAUGGACGGCUUUGGACUCAGAGGUGCUCAUGGUCACAUAGACUUCUAUGCCAAUGGAGGAGCCGACCAACCUGGAUGCCCCAAAACCAUCUUCUCAGGGAAGGCUUUCUUUGUGUGUGACCAUCAGCGGUCCGUGUUCCUGUACCUGUGUGCUCUCAACAAUACCUGCAAGGUCACAGCCUAUCCCUGCUCGUCCUACAGCGACUUCCUGAAUGGACAGUGCAUGCAGUGCGAGGCCUUUAAACCCGCCUCCUGUCCUGUUCUGGGGUAUGACAUGAGUCCAUGGAGAGACACCCUACUGAAGCUGGGACAGACCAGAGCCUUCUUCUCAACCACAUCUGUACUUCCAUUCAACAAAACCACGUACAGGAUCGACAUGGUGACAUGGAACCAGUACCUCCGAUGGGGAGUAGUUGUGCUCCGGCUGCACAGUGGCAGAAACUCGGUGGAAACGAGAAUGGACAACAAGCUGUACAGAUUUGAGCAGUACACCUCGACUCGCCUCCUAGCACAGUUUGACGAGGACUUGGACCCCAUCCAGAAGAUCUCCCUGAGGAUCGUGACGGGGAACGUGAUUGGCCCACGCUACAAACUGCGUCUUCUGAGGAUCAGGAUAACGCCACUGAACCAGCCAGAGAAGCAACUAAUGUGUCGCUAUGACAUCAUCCUGGAAGAAAACAUGGAGGUGUCCUUCAGGCCGCUGCCAUGCAACGACGCAUAAGGCGUUGCUGAGACACAAGAGUGCUGCUACAUUCAAACCAUCAUUGCCAAGACAGUUACCUUCUCUACAUAACCCACACUUUGUGAAUACCACAAAAGACUUAAAAGCAUCACAACUGCUAAAGCUCAUAUUAACUCCAGGUGCCAAUCCCAGGUUCAGAAAAUAAAAAGCCCAGCCACUUUUUUCAUUCUUCUCCAAAACAGGUGACAUCAUCAGUGAGUAGCAGACCUACAUGGUUCUGAGUGUUCAUUUAGGUCAUCUGAUUCAAAACUAAUUGGACCAAAUUUGUUGCAGGUAGUCUAGCAAAGACCAAUGAUCCUAAGACGGUUUACUCGCGUCAUAAAUGUAGUCUCUCUCUCAGUAUAUCCAGGGUCUUCGAUAAUACUUUCUGAACUCUCGAUUGACACCAUCGGAUUACAUGCUUCAGUGGCCCUGACAUGAGUUGGGAAGACUUUGUGCCUUUCAUGUUUCUGCUGAUUUCUACUGAUAUUAAGCUCAUGUAUUAUUAUUAUUAUUAUUUUUGGACCAGCAAAUGAAUGAACUGUUUGGGAGAUCACUUGACUGGUGUAAAACAAACCUGAUGAGACUUGUGAAAUGUUCUGUAAAAGCACUGCAUGGAUGCAUGAACAUGGUGAUGAUAAUGACACAAAACUCAAGACUGCACUUUACGUAGAGAAUCUGUAUAGCUUUUUUUCAGACGUCAGUGACAAGAUAUUGUCCAUUUUUAAAUAAUCUUUGUAUGUCUUUGUAGGUUUGCUUUUUUAAUCAAAUGUACAAAAACACUAAUAAAAUUGUAAACAAGCAGAUGGACUUGAUGUUCUUUCAGAUGAUCCACUGAAUAUCACACACCUAUAAAACGUCCUGAAUACAGUGUGGCUUCAAUAUUAUUUUAUUACAUCCAACUAUUAGUAAAAGAGUGCAACUCUUGUUUUUUAUGUGCCUCAGAAAAUUAAUUGAAUACAUUGUGUGCGUGUGUGUGUGUGUGUGUGCGUUUGUGUGUGUGUGUGUGUGUGUGUAAAAUAACAUUUAACUGAAAGAGUA